GUCAACUUAUUCUAAAUCCCGAACUGCCAAAAGCGAUGUUUGCUUCCGUUCGUUUUGGGCAUCGGCUGCGCAUGCGCGGAGCUUCAGCAUCACGUACUCGUGAAUACACGCCAGUUCGUUGCCAUCCAAACAUCAGGCAUGGCUGAAGAAAGAGUCAACGAACACACGCCUCCUGUGUUCAGCUUCACGGAUGAAGAAACCCUAAGCGCAAACCGUGAAAACACUCGGGGUGCUUCGUCUUCUUUGGGCACCUACCCAACCAUUUCUGACGACGCCUGGCGCUACCACUGGAACACUCAGCCCAGGCCAAUAACCGACAGGACUUACAGCGUCGACGGUGUCAGUGAAUAUGGCAGCACUAGUUACGUGCACCAGCCGUUCAGCACCAGCAUUGAUUACGCAACGCCCAGCACGAGCCUUACAGACAUGGAGCAAGCAUCAGCCAUUGUAGAAGGCGGCGCCAGAAUUUUUCAGUCAACCCGUGUUGACCAAUGGAACACGCAGUACCUCACGGCUGAUGUCAGAUCUACUGACUGCGGCCAUGUACAUAUCGCCGAAAGCGGAAUCACCAGUUCCCUACCUAUGGUGUCCAGCAGCAGCAUCAAUCACGCACAGCCCAGUACAAGCCGCGCUUGCAUGGAGAAAGCAUCGGCCAUUCCGGAAAACCUUGCUAGCAUUUCUGACGACGCCUGGCUUUACCAAUGGAACACUCAGCAGAGGCGAAUAACCGACUGGACUUACAACGUCGACGAAUUCCUGAGACAACUCGUGUUGACCUAUGGAACACGCAGUACCACCUGGCUGAUAGCACAUCCACCGACUGUGGUAGGGCAUACAGGCCACACAGAAAUCGGAAGCACGGAUUUCACACUUCCGGUCUGCAGCAGCAGCCCAGUGGCCAGAACAAGCUACGCGCGCCUGCAGGAACCAUCGGACAUCUUUGGGAACUACGCUUGGAAUGCUACUGGAACAGGAGGGAGGGAACAGCAAGAGUUUUGCGGUGCAUGUUCCAAUGUUUCCAGCAGACAGGAUGCCUUACAUGGGCACACCAAGGAACGCACGGGCGAUACAGCCUACACUUGCAAAGCAAGUGAGCCUGUGAAUAAUUCAGUGAAUCACUGCCGGAAUACAACAGGCACAAACCACAAAUGCGUAACCUGCGGCAAAAUGUUCCACCGGGCUAGUCUCCUUGCCACACAUUACCGCACGCACACAAACGAGAGACCCUACAAAUGCGAAAUAUGUGAAAAAUCAUUUCGGCAAUCUCAUCACCGCGAUAUGCACAAACGUACACAUACAGGCGAGAGACCAUGCACUUGCAAAACAUGUGGUAAAUCAUUCGCGAAGUCGUGGAAUCUCCGUACACACAACUACACUCACACAGAUGAGAAACCGCAUGUCUGUCAGAAGUCAAAACCAGAAAAAACCUCAAACAUCACAACUUGUGUUGUGGGGACAGAGCUUUCGUUUGCGAAAUAUGUAAUGCAUCCUUCAAGAACAACUCGGCUCUCGAUCGUCACCGUCGAAGCUACAUGCAUGGAUGAAACCCCGUAUUAGUGUACGCAGGGCGCAUUUGCUCUUACAGAGAAAGCCGUCGAUGGACAGCUGUACCAGAACAUUACCUGCCGAUUGUGUGGAGAUGCAUUCGGAGAAGACGAUCAACUUAUUACACACAUCGUGACGCAUAGGGGUGUCCAGAGAUAAGUCUGACUAGUGCGCAAGUUAACCAAAUCGCCCGUGGCUUUUGCAUACCAACGUGAAAGUGAAGCAGUGCGGGGAAGCAACGCUGAUAUUCUUUCAGAGGAUCCAGGAGCUAACUAAACGCAUCGUGUGUAUAGGCCGGCUUCUUUUGACGUUUAAAGCGGCCUAGUCAAAUAAGCGAUGUGAACGAUGCCAUCUGGUUUCUCCAAGUUAUAAGAUGUCGUCGCCAAAAGUAUUUGGAGUGCUUCAAUGUCGAGGUAUACGGCAGAUCCUAGCCAGCGCUUACUGUUUGCGUAACUGCAUUUGUUGUUCACGAACACAGCAUUAGCAAAUUUAUUUCAAGACAAAUCCUUAUGGGCUGCAAGUUUGUGUUUUAUGUAAGUAGAAGGUUGAAAUGCUUUCACAAUAUCCUUGACUCCUUCUGUCAGUGUUUCUUUGUAGGUGUUUUGACAGCUUAGUAGUGAACAGGCUCUAAUGAACCCUGUGCUUUAUGAAAUCCGAAUGUCCAUAGAAGGGAACAUCUCCGAUUGGAAAGCAUUUAAAAAUGAGGUACUGUUUUCUUCUACACUAACAAGUAAUCUCUGUCACUACUUAAGGUCCUUGCGCCCUAUUGCGUUCCAGAGACAGGUUUUAUGACUGUAUGUAGACACAUUCUACGCAUAAGAAACAUUUCAUUUAAAAUUUGUUGAAUGCAUUCACUGUUUUCGUUCUCUUUGGCUCCUGUAUUCAUACCGAAAAUCUUUGUUGUAUACCAUAAACUAAGCUGAUGAGAGUAGUGAGACUGCAUUAGAUCAAAAUAAUUGGGAGCUUCACUAUAACACGUGUACACCAACUACGAAAAUUUUAGCUGUUUUAUUGUGGUGGCUUAAAGCUUCAAAAGCCAGUUUUUUAUCCAUUUGGAAGCCGUCUGUGAAGACUCGCAAUGUUCUCUAGUUACUGCUGUACAAUCUUUUUACCCUGAUGUGACAAAGGCAGCUGUGCGAGCAAUGACAGGAAACGUGAGA